UCAGUCUAGAGAGUGAGUUCGAGCGUGAACCAUGGAUUUAGUUCAGUGUCGGGAUAAAUUUGAGGUGUCGACGCAGAAUUUGGCACCAAAUUCCAGUGAAGAAAAUAUUGAUCAAAUAAAGUCAGCCAGAAAUCAAUUGAGUUGGAAAUUUUGGAAGUCUCGAAGAUAUGUUGUGGCCGUUAUGGGACUUCUGGGCUUCUUCAAUGUCUACGCCUUGAGGGUGAGUCUCAGUGUGGCGAUCGUGGCGAUGACCCGGAAGCACAAUGUCACCCUGGUGAACGGGACGAUCGUGGAGGAGCAGGAGUUUGACUGGAAUUCAAAGGAACAAGGACUGGUUCUCAGUUCCUUCUUCUACGGCUACAUUUUCACUCAGCUUUUCGGGGGGAUUUUGGCACGCAAAUUUGGAGGUCACAUCGUUUUUGGCAUUGGAACCGGAGGAAGUUCUAUUCUCAUGAUGUUGUCUCCGGGCGCAGCGAAACUCGGCCUUUAUCCUCUGGUUGUGACGAGGAUUUUGAUAGGAGUUUUCGAGGGCGUCUCUUAUCCGAGUAUUCAAGACGUUUACUCCCGUUGGGCGCCCAUUUAUGAGAGAACUUUGAUAUCAGGAAUAGUUCACAGUGGAAGUCAAAUUGGAACCUUUGUUUCCUUCCUCACAUCGGGAAUAUUUGCCCAAUAUUUGGGCUGGGAAAGCAUUUUCUAUGUUUUCGGAAGUAUCGGUUGUGUUUGGUUCAUUGUUUGGAUGAUGUACAUUAAGAAAGAUCCUGCGAGUGAUCCUCGCAUUUCUCCCGCGGAAAAGCUCUACAUUGAGUCGAAUAUUGAGAAAACAGCCAAUCAGGCUGAUAUUCGGCCACCUUGGAAGGCUAUUGUGACUUCCCCUGCAGUUUGUGCUCUUGUGGUUGUCAACACGUGCGACACUUGGACAAAUUACACAUUCUUGACGCAAAUUCCAACGUUUCUCAACGACGUCUUGAAGUACAACCUGGGAACGACGGGCAUUCUGGCGGCUGCCCCUUAUCUCGUGUACAUCUUCAUGGUGAUGAUCGCCAGUCCACUCACUGACUACAUCAGAUCCAGAGGAAUUCUCACAACGCAGCAAGUUAGAAAGACAUUCAUUGCCAUUGGAUUCCUUGGCAGUGGAACUUUUCUCAUUAUCAUGACGAACAUAAGCAAUGCCACGGCUGUUGUCGCAUGUCUUAUCAUUUCAGUGGGAAUUACGGCCUUUUCGAAAAUAAACUUCUUUAUUAAUCCGCAAGACUUUGCUCCCAACUACGCUUCAAUUAUGAUGGGAAUCUCCAAUACAUUCGGCACUGUUUCAGGCAUUGUUACUCCAAUCCUGGCAGGAUUUGUGGUGCAAAAUGGAACUCCGGCAGAGUGGAAAACUGUCUUCUACAUCGGCGUUGGAUUUUGCAUAGUUGGAACUGUGUUUUAUGCCAUUUUCGGGAAAGGAACUGUCCAAGAGUGGGCAAAAAGCCCCCAAAAGAAUCCAUCUGAGCGACAGCCAUGAGAAAUUCCAGUCAUUAUAAAAUUAAUCUUACCAGAUAUUUGAGAAUUUCCUGAGUGUUAUUAUAAUACGUUAAGGUAGUGUGUAUAUCU